GUAAACAGUCAAAGUAUUUUGAGUGACUAUCUAAGCAAAUAUGGAAUAUCUGGCUUACUUCGCAAAGCUUCUGAUCCUCGUUUUUCUGGUUUCUAAAGCCAUACAAGCGGAUGGUGACUUAGAGCCCAUUGCACCACGUAUAUUGAACGGUCGAGAAGCAGCCAGGGGUCAAUUCCCAUAUCAGGUAUCGGUACGUGUCGGAGGACAGCAUAGUUGUGGUGGCUCAAUAAUUUCUCAAACCUUUGUUGUAACUGCCGCACACUGCGUUUACAGUAUUCCGCCAUCAUUCCUUACAAUUCUAGCCGGUACCACAAAUCGUACUGCAGACAGUGUAAUUAAGGAUGUGGUGAAAGUGAUUCCACAUCCUGAAUUUAGUGCUUACGACAAUGACAUUGCCUUACUUAAACUCAACGAUUCACUCCAGUUCAACGAUCUCAUACAACCGAUACCAAUUGCUUCUGUUAACGCACCCGUCGAUGCGCCAGUUACGAUUUCCGGUUGGGGACGUACAAAGGAAGGCGGUGAAAUCACAUCACAACUAAUGUACAAUAAAUUUAUGAAAACUUUAAGUCCAGAAAAUUGUGCUAAAAAUAUCGGUUACAACACGACUGCAAUUUUAUGUCUUAGUAAGAUCAUUGGAAACGGUAUUUGCGAAGGCGAUGACGGUGGGCCGGCUGUUUACAGGGGCAUACUGAUUGGCGUUGCGAGUUUUCAUAUAAACGAUUGUUAUUCUACUAAUAAACCAAAUGGCUUCGCAAAUGUAUCGCAUUUCAACAGUUGGUUGACGCAAGCUCAGAUAUGUAAUCCGUAAGCGAUGCUUGGAAAUGCUGAAGGGUGUAUUUGUUUUUUUCCAAUUUUAUAAAAUGUACAGAAAUAUAAUAUGCCUACUUAUAUAUAUUCUCAUUGCAAUUGAA